CUAAAAUCCUCAAUGAGUCCGCGCACACAAGACAAUGCUAGCAUCUCACGGAACCAUAAUUGUUUUCACAUGCUUUUUUAUUUCAUUUGCUUAUUCUGACUGCAAUCAGGAUAUAACUGAAUACAUCAAUGGACUUACAUCGGACUCUCCUCAACUAUGGGCCUUGCAAAUGUUCGACUCAUCAACCAAGGCUCCACUCGACGGAAUCUAUGAAAAAUCGUUCGCAGUACAAGUCGGAAAUUUUGACCAGUGCGUCGCAUUGAAAGGACCAAACGGCCCUGACGACAGUCCCAGAUUCACUGGUCAGUACUGCCAAUUCACAUUUCAAGUCGCGCAAUCUCGACGUGCCGAGGUUGACACGAAGAAUGUUUUCAGCGCACUGAUGUCUCCGUACACCUCAAAAGAAAACCAGAAAAAAAUAGAAAUACCAUACAACAAAUGGGCUGUGUGCGCUCCUUCAUCCUGCGACUACGACGGUGUGAAGCGGGUUGCUGACUUCAACAUGAGGUUUUUCGCUUCAGCCUUAAAUGAAACUCCAGACACUUACUUGGUGGAUAACUCUUGCUACCACGUAAAUGAUGGCACGCGCAUCUUGGACGCCGGUUCAUGGUCUUUCAUAGUAUUUGUCUUAGUAUUGGCUCUUGUAAUACUUGUAUCAACAGUUUUAGAUGUCCUUGAAUUUAACAUAAGCAAUGAAGUUGUCAAAAUAGUGAUCGCAUCAUUCUCCUUGAGUAAAAACAUCGCUGCUUUGACGAAACUCCCCACUUCUUCGCAGUCAUCAAGCCAAUUAAACUGUCUAAAUGGAAUGCGAGCAAUAUCCAUGCUUUGGAUUAUUUUAAACCAUGCCUACUCGAACGCCCAAGUGCAGCCAAUGGACAAUUAUAUUACCUAUCCACGAGAGUUUUCAAAGCAAUGGUUUAUGGGUCCUAUAUUAAACGGCUACUUGUCAGUGGACACGUUUUUCUUGCUUGGCGGAGUUUUAACUGCCUACGUGCCGUUGAUGGACCACGCUAAGGGAAGAAAGUUCCACUUGAUCAAAUAUUACAUUUAUCGCUAUCUCAGAAUAACCGUCCCAUUCGCAGUUGUCACGUGGUACGUGUCAACCCUGAAUUUUUACGUGGGAAAUGGUCCUCUCUGGUUUGAUACUUUCUACAACACGAGAAAAAAUUGCCAGAAAAACUGGUGGGCAGGCCUCCUUUACGUUUCCAACUACUUUGAAGGACACUGUUUGGGUCACGGUUGGUAUUUGUGUGUUGACAUGCAGUACGCCUUACUUGCACCCUUGAUCAUUUACCCACUGAUGAGAAAACCAAAGUACGGACUGAUUGCUAUAGGCGUACUCGCGUUGGCGUCUACAAUAGCCAAUUUCACGGUGACCUACAUCGAAGAGCUUCCCUGGGCCAUCAUGCUUACAAACAUAGACCAAAGACGAGUUGCUUACUAUUGGGAGUACAUUUACGAAAACUCACCAAUGCGUGCGGCUCCUUAUCUCCUCGGCAUGGCCCUGGGGUACUUGCUGAGCAAAAAGCAGAGCAUUCGCCUCCCUAAGUGGUCUGUUGCUCUGGGUUGGUUCCUCAGCAUCGGCCUGAACGCGACCGUCGUCUUUCUCAUAUUCAUUCCUUACUCGGUGGACUACGUUUACAACCCUCUCGACGCCGCCUUCUAUGGAAGCCUCCACAGAUUGGCUUGGGCCCUAACCCUUUCCUGGAUUGUUUGGGCUUGCGUUAAUGGUUAUGGAGGGGUUGCAGACAGAAUUUUGUCGUGGAAAUAUUUCGUGCCGAUGAGCAAAAUGACUUUUAGUUCCUACCUAGUUCAUCUUCCCGUGAUUUACGUUUUCAUGGCCCUUAGACAAACUCCAACGCAUGUCUCCCAUUUUGAAAUUCUAUAUUGGUUCAGCGGAUUUGUGAUGCUCUCUAUGCCAUUCACAUUGCUACUCUAUUUGUGGGUUGAAUCACCACUGAUGACGUUGUUGCGACUCAUUUUCAAGAAAAAGAAGGAGUAGUGGAUUAAAUAAACAAUUUUAAUUUAGUGAAUUCCUAGGAGAAGAACGGGGAAUUUAUCCGCAGCAUUAAAAGCUUGUGUAUAUAAUUUUUAAAUUAUAAUUUUCGCCAUUUACGUCUCUUGGCAUCAUGUAUAUCAGAGGGCAAAAAUAUUUUCUCAGAAGAAACUAUAAAAACAGCUACCUUUUGGAGCUGUUUAGCUUUCGGCAUUUAUCAACAACUGAAAAAUAUAAUAUUUAAUAUUAUAUAAUUAUGUGUUUAUACAGGUUAAGAUAAUCUUGAAAUACACUCUACUCAAUUGUUUCUCUUCGUGGAUUUUAAAUUAUUUAUUUUGAAAACAAAUCAUUGUUUAUUUUAGGUUAAAAAAUGUCAAUGUUGAGAUUCUGGAUGUAAAUAAACAUGCGGUAAUAAAUU